AUCCACCUGCCCGUUAUGGCCCCUCUUAGUCCCCCCGCGGAAGCAGCAGCCCAUUUGUCCUUGGCUGUGACGGAGUCCGGGGUCAAUAAAGGCACUGCAGUGGGGCCGUCCAGCAAAGCCUCUGACUGGCGCCCAAGAUGGAUGGGAAAGAUGCAGGAAUGGAAACAGCAAUCAAGUCUUAGCUAUUGGAUUAUAUUAAUGCUGUCUCACCUGGGCUUGGACCUGGAUUGUUUCUUUGAUGCAGAUGAGGAUCAACUUGAGCGAGGCGUGGACAGCGGCUGUGUGAGGAGAAAACACACAACACACUCCUCGUUAUUGGGAUACGUCGGAUCAGCCAUGGAUGAAGGGGAGCUGUCUUCGUUAUCAACUGACAAACACAACGAGUCAUCAGUAAGAAGAGGAAUCAACCACACCAGAGGAGCCGAAUCAUCCGAAGUAUUAUGGUCAAACGCUGUGUGUGCAGAAGGUGACAGGUCAGUGUCCGAGCUCCAACAUGUCCCCGAGAGUAUGAGCAUCACCUGUGCCGAGCAGGAGAAGCUGCAGCUCCUCAACAAGAACACGGAGCUCCGCAGAGUCAACAAAGAGCUGAUGAAGCUGAAUGAGGAGUGGGACCAGACGUACCACAGCACCACACUGAGGCUGCAGCACAGGAUGGAGAGUUUAGAGCUGGAAAACCACAGCUUGAAAGAGCUAAACAGCAAACUCCUCUUUAAAGUAGAGAACCAGCAGAGUGCCAAGGAUUAUUACGAGCAGGCACUCAUGCUGGAGCUGAAGAAGAAUGAAGAGCGCCAAGCAUAUAUCAGGCUAUUGGAGGGCAGAACGCACCAAAAGUGCAGUGCCUCUUCCAGGCCAGACGUGCAGGAUCUAAAAGAGCAGCUGGAGGUUCUGCGGUGUCAGAACCAGAUCUAUGAGACGGAAUACCAGACGGAGCACGACAAGCACAAACACACACAGCAGGACAACCGCAGGCUGAGGAGGAAAAGGGAGAAGAUGCGCCAACAGGUGGAGUUACUGCAGGAGCAGCUUAAAGUGUAUGAGGACGACUUCCGACGUGAGCGGUCAGACAAACAGAUACUGCAGAAGAUGCUGUUGAAAAAAACCCUUCCGAGCAAGGAACCAGUGCUGGUGCACCGCUGCAAUAACAUGUUGUCACCACUAGAGGGAGACAAAGGCAGACAAAAUGCAAAGGUAGUCCACCUAGCGAGAGAACAGCACCACCUGCUCUGUCUCAAGCACCCAGACAGGGACAACGACUGAGAAAUUGCACUCCGAUCAUAUUCAUGUCCCAGAACUCCUGGAAAAAAAAAAAAAAAUACUAAAAACAAAAAACAAACGUGAUGUGGGAGCAUAGAUGUAGUUACUUGAAUUCAUACUCGUGUUCAAAUGAUCAUCAUAAAUAAACACACAUUAAACCUGUAAUAAGCAUUAAAAAAUGUAAACAUCCAUCCAUCCAUCAUCCUCCGCCCAUCCGAGGUCGGGUCGCGGGGGCAACAGCCUAAGCAGGGAAUCCCAGACUUCCCUCUCCCCAGCCACUUCGUCUAGAUCCCGAAGCGAGACAUAGUCUUCCCAACGUGUCCUGGGUUUUCCCCGUGGCCUCCUACCGGUUGGACGUGCCCUAAACACCUCCCUAGGGAGGCGUUCGGGUGGCAUCCUGACCAGAUGCCCGAACCACCUCAUCUGGCUCCUCUCCAUUUGGAGGAGCAGCGGCUUUACUUUGAGUUCCUCCCGGAUGGCAGAGCUUCUCACCCUAUCUCUAAGGGAGAGACCCGCCACACGGCGGAGGAAACUCAUUUGGGCCGCUUGUACCCGUGGUCUUAUCCUUUCGGUCAUGACCCAAAGCUCAUGACCAUAGGUGAGGAUGGGAACGUAGAUCGACCGGUAAAUUGAGAGCUCUGCCUUCCGGCUCAGCUCCUUCUUCACCACAACGGAUCGGUACAACGUCCGCAUUACUGAAGACGCUGCACCGAUCCGCCUGUCGAUCUCACGAUCCACUCUUCCCUCACUCGUGAACAAGACUCCUAGGUACUUGAACUCCUCCACUUGGGGCAGGGUCUCCUCCCCAACCUGGAGAUGGCACUCCACCCUUUUCCGGGCGAGAACCAUGGACUCGGACUUGGAGGUGCUGAUUCUCAUUCCGGUCGCUUCACACUCUGCUGCGAACCGAUCCAGUGAGAGCUGAAGAUCCCGGUCAGAUGAAGCCAUCAGGACCACAUCAUCUGCAAAAAGCAGAGACCUAAUCCUGCGGUCACCAAACCGGAACCCCUCAACGCCUUGACUGCGCCUAAAAAUUCUGUCCAUAAAAGUUAUGAACAGAAUGGGUGACAAAGGACAGCCUUGGCGGAGUCCAACCCUCACUGGAAAUGUGUUCGACUUACUGCCGGCAAAUGUAAACAUGAAUAGGCUAUUUCUGUUCAACGUUAUGUUUAUUAGACUUAGACAUACUUUAAUGAUCCACAAGGGAAAUUGUUCCACACAGUAACUCAGUUACCAUGAUGGAAAGUGUAAGGAUGGAAAGGACAAUGCAGGUAUAAAUAGACUAAAUACAGCGAUGUGAAAUAAAACAUGUGUACUUAAUAUUUACAUAAUAUAUGUACAGUAUAUUAUAUAUACACAUAUAUAUAUAAUAAUAUAUUAUGUAUCUAUCAUAUAUAGCAGGGGUCGGCAAUCCGCGGCUCUUUGAUCACUCUGUUGUGGCUCAGCUGCUAAAAUGCCGACCCCAAUUAUUAUUCCGGGAGGUUUCCGGAUUUUAGGGGCUCUCUCAGAAAUCACCCGGGAUAACAUUCUCCAAUUUUCACCUGUUCUUCAAUAUUGAGAGUGUGCAGUGAUGGCAAGGCCUUUAAUCCUCUCUACAACAUAUCGUCGCUCUAGCUUUUACACCACGCAAUCUACGUGCCGACUGGUCAUAUUUUAUAUUCAGCCACGCAUACUUAACAGCCAUACAGGUUACACUGAGGGUUGUGAUAUAAACAACUUUAACAGUCUUACUAAUAUGCGCCACACUGUGAACCCACACCAAACAAGAAUGACAAACAUUUUGGGAGGACAUCGGCACUAUAAGACAACAGAAACACAACAGAAAAAAUACCCAGAAUCCCAUGCAUCCCUAACUAUUGCGGGCUACAUUAUACACACCCGCCGACCUCAACCGACGCACAAAGGGAUGGGGGUAUUUGGUGCUAGCGAGGGUGUAUAAUGUAGCCCGGAAGAGUAGGUAUGCAUGGGAUUCUGGGUAUUUGUUAUUUUGUGUUUAUGUUGUGUUACAGUGCCGAUGUUCUCCCGAAAUGUGUUUGUCAUUCUUGUUUGGUGAGGCGCAUAUUAGUAACCGUGUUCAAUUUGUUUAAACAGGCACUCUCAGUGUGACCUGUAUGGCUGUUAAAAAGUAUGCCUUGCAAUAGUUUGUGUGCGUCUGCAGAAGCCUCAUACAACAUGUGACUGGGCUGACAAGCUGUUAGAACGAGUUGGAGAGGGCGCCAAAGGCAGCGCCUUCAUAGGAUGCUCUUUUUAUAGUUGUUCGGGGGAAUUUCGGCAAACAUUUGCGAGAAAAGUUGAUCUGACAUUUGGUAGUCUCGGAAUAUUCGGGAGGCUUGGCAAGUGUGAUGCUGUCAAGCAACAUUCUUAUAGAAGUCGCGGGCCCCACUAUUAUUAAAUUUUCAUCUUAAAGUGUGGGCCGCGUGUCUGAGACCCCUGGUUUAUACAUAGCACAAAGUAAAAAAAAAACUGUA